CCGGGGGGCAGUCCCUCAGGCUCCUCCCACCCAGGCCCCACCUCCCUGGUGCUCCUGGAGCGUUUCGCAGACAGGCCGGUUCAUUCAUGAAAAGCGUGACGCGAGCAGCGCACAGCCCGGCGGACACCCACUCGGUCCUCGGCCGCAGCCGGCUUCAGUUGGAGGAAUCUCCCGUGUGCUCUUCCACGGCUCCUCCUCCUCCUCCUGCAUCGCCGCCCCUUGGCCAGUGUUGUGGUUCCCUCCUGUCCCCCCUCCCCCCUUCCCCCCCCCUCCUUCGUCUGCCGGUGCUGAAGACGGAGGAGCGCACAGCCGGGCUUCUUCAGCUGUGUCCCCAGCUGAGCCUAGACAGGAGCCUGUUUUAGGAAGAGCCCUGUUUGUUCCCUUCCCUCCCCUCUGCGUGGGUGACCCACCUACAUGCACGGCACCAUGGGUAGCUCCCCCGAGGUGCUUUCCUGGACCUCCUGCCCUAGCCUGCUUGUGGGAAAGCUGAAGGAGGAGCUCAAGCUGUCUGUGGUUGGGGAUGCCAUGAAGAAGAACAGCUCCAACAUUGGCCCUCAGCCUCCACCUCCACCCCCGCCGCCCCCACAGAUCAUCACGGACCUUGCUCCUCCAGCACCUCCCCAGCCCCCAGGGCCAGACGAAGACAUGGUGCUUGGUGGCGGGAGUCCUCACGGCACAGCACUCAGCGAAGACUCCUCUCGCGAGCAGAGGCACUUUGACAACAGCGUGCUGCAGCUGCAGGAACAGGAGGAUGGGGAGUCACCCAGAGGCGGGUGUGGCAGCAGGGCAGAUGACGGGUCUGGCGGGGGUGCGCAUCACCAAGCUCAUGAUGACAUCAAACUGCAUUUUCAAAGAGCAGGAAACGGUUCGGGGGGCUUCCUGGAGGGGCUCUUUGGCUGUUUGCGGCCUGUUUGGAAUAUCAUUGGGAAGACGUAUUCCACGGACUACAAACUGCAGCAGCAAGACACGUGGGAGGUUCCGUUCGAGGAGAUCUCGGAGCUUCAGUGGCUUGGCAGCGGGGCACAGGGCGCCGUAUUUCUGGGCAAGUUUCGCUCCGAAGAGGUGGCCAUCAAGAAGGUACGCGAGCAGAAGGAGACGGAUAUCAAGCACCUGCGCAAGCUGAAGCAUCCCAACAUCAUUGGCUUCAAGGCUGUGUGCACCCAGGCCCCCUGCUACUGCAUCAUCAUGGAGUACUGUGCUCAGGGCCAGCUGUACGAGGUGUUGAGGGCUGGCCGCAAGAUCACCCCCCGCCUCCUGGUGGACUGGGCCUCAGGGAUUGCUAGCGGCAUGAACUACCUGCACCUCCACAAGAUCAUUCACAGAGACCUCAAAUCCCCAAAUGUGUUAGUCACCCACAAUGACAUUGUGAAAAUCUCUGACUUUGGGACCUCCAAAGAGCUCAGCGACAAGAGUACCAAGAUGUCCUUUGCAGGGACAGUGGCCUGGAUGGCACCGGAGGUGAUCCGCAACGAACCCGUGUCCGAGAAGGUAGACAUCUGGUCUUUCGGGGUGGUUUUGUGGGAACUGCUGACAGGGGAGAUCCCUUACAAGGACGUGGACUCCUCUGCCAUCAUCUGGGGUGUGGGGAGCAACAGUCUGCACUUGCCCGUGCCGUCUACCUGCCCCGAUGGCUUCAAGAUCCUCAUGAAGCAAACCUGGCAGGGGAAGCCCAGGAACAGGCCCUCGUUUCGGCAGAUACUCCUGCACCUGGACAUCGCUUCUGCGGAUGUCCUCGGAGCCCCUCAGGAGACCUACUUUAAGUCGCAGGCGGAGUGGCGGGAGGAGGUGAAGAAGCACUUUGAGAAGAUCAAGAGUGAGGGCACAUGCAUCCACCGACUGGACGAAGAGCUGAUCCGCCGGCGCAGGGAUGAGCUGAGACACGCACUGGACAUCCGGGAGCACUACGAGCGAAAGCUGGAGAGAGCCAACAAUCUGUACAUGGAGCUGAGUGCCAUCAUGCUGCAGCUGGAGGUCCGCGAGAAGGAGCUUAUGAAGAGGGAGCAGGCAGUGGAGAAAAAGUAUCCUGGGACAUACAAGCGACAUCUGGUGCGGCCCAUCGUGAGACCAAAUGCUGUAGAGAAGCUCAUCAAGAAGAAGGGCAGCAUGUCUCAUAAGCCAGGGGUCCAGACAGCCAGAAGACCAGACCUCCUUCGCUCUGAAGGAAUCCCCAGUGUAGAGCCGCUGCCGUCCCCCUCGCCCCUGUCUGGCAGUCCCAAAGUUUCGACACCCUCAAGCAAAGCCAGGUACCGCAGUAAACCGCGCCACCGGCGGGUCAACAGCAAGGGCAGCCAUAGCGAGAUCGUGGGAGUGCUGAAGAGUGGGGUGGGCGCCGCGGAGGAGGAGCAACCCUUGCAGCAGCAGCAUUAUCAUCACCAUCACAGUGACCAUCAGGCAUACUCACUGCCCCCGGCCGAGGGCCCCCUCCUCCCCCUACAAGGCCGCGAGGUUGCCGUGGCCGAUUGUGCUAACAACCUGCGCUACUUUGGCCCUGCUGCCGCCCUCCGCAGCCCGCACACGGACCACCUGCAGCGCCGUGUCUCUGGCUCUGGACCCGACCUGCUGUCCACUACUGCUGAGGCCGAUUCGCGCCAGUGGGGACCCGGCCCGCUUUGCCCUUGUUGCCAGGCGCACCCCUUCCCUGGUUGCAUGCACUGCCAGGAAACAGGCCCUGUCCCCAGCCACCCCCAGCUGCCUGCCUAUUCACUGCUCAGGACCUGUGAUGGAACUCCACCUGCCUCCCCCCGCAGCCCUGCCCCAUGCAUCGCCUCCGAGGACACACUCCAGGACAGGGGGACGCAACAGGAGCAGGAGUUCCCCUUACACCUGUCCCCCCCUGGGCUGCCCCGCACUCUCCGGCCCCUGAGGAAGGGUGGAGAUGAGUCGUCUGAGGAGGAGGAGGGCGAGGUAGAUAGCGAAGUGGAGUUUCCACGGCGACAGAGACCACACCGCUGCAUGAGCAGCUUCCAGUCCUACUCCACCUUCAGUUCGGAGAACCUGUCUGUGUCGGACGGUGAGGAGGGAAACACCAGUGAGCACUCGCACAGCGGGCCGCUUGAGCGCCUGAGCGCCAGCCAGGAGGAGCAGCUAGACGAGCUGCUAUCGCACACGCCCGACAUCCCCAUCGACAUCUCCACACAGUCCGAUGGCCUGUCCGACAAGGAGUGCGCCGUGCGCCGUGUAAAGACACAGAUCUCCCUGGGAAAACUGUGCGCCGAUGAGCACGGCUAUGAGAACCCGCUGCACUUUGGCGAAUCGGACUGCGACUCUUCCGAGGCGGAGGGCUCCGAUGCUACUGUGCGGAAUAACAAGCCUUGCGGUGGCCCCUCUAGCUGGUGAAACCCCACCCCUAACCCCACCCCUGGAUGAGUGCCGCCCCCUCCCACUCCCCCUCCCAACAUCUAGGAGCCCCCAUCCAAGAACAAACGGCAAUAAUGGGAAACCCGCCACUGCGAUAAGGAUCGCCUUCAACCUACCGUCCCCGUCCCUGGCGACUCCACCCAUCAGCAACCUAAGGCAGGGAUUCCAAUUUGUUAAUACUGUAGCUAGUGUACUAUUCACAGUUUAUUUUUGAGUUGAAUGAGGAAAAAACAAACAACAAACACUGUAAAGACUAUAAAAAACUAAAACCAGACUUUGCAGAGUCAAGCGGGGAGUUUCGUUUGCUGACAACAAAAAUGCGGCACGGGUCAGAUGGGCCAAGGAACGAUGAUCCGAUGGGUCGAGGUUUAGGUGCUGGCCCAGGAUCCUGCUGCUCGAGGGUCCCACCCCCUCCUAGGAGCCAUCUCAGGACUCGGCUCCGCCCGAAGAAGCAGUACGGUGCAAUCAGUGCAUUCCGAUACAGGACCAAAAGAUGGACGCACUCCAGCGAGAGUGCUGUCUUCUCGACCAACAACACAUGGCUCUGUCACUUCAUGAGGUGACCAAGUCUCUUGUCAGGAGGAAGUUGGGUUGGGCAGAGGGGCAUAUAGCUUGAACACCAGCAUGAACAACUCCUUCCCACCCGAACUGCUGCCAGUGGAUCCUUCCAGAACCUUCCAGACUCUUCACCCAGCAUGUCUGCUCGGCCUGAGAUACAAGACUACCUACAAGAGCAUGCGUCAUGUUGUCAGGGAAACGAACAAACCGAUUCAGACCCAGCGUGUAUUAAAAAAAAUGCUCCAUCUCAAUCAGAUAUGCCUGACAAGGCCGGAUCCGAGCAAUGAGUUGUAGUCUUAUUUUCCCUUUGCGUCAUGGUGUUUUGUGCAUCUUUAUUUUGGGUCUGUAUUCAGGGAGCAUGAAGAAAAACCAUACCAGUGUUGAACUUUUCUCCACCCUGCCUUUGUGUCCCUUCUCAUCCAUGUCCUAGACUAGCCCUUCGUGCUAAUAUGGGAAGUGGCACUGUAUCAGAACUCUUUUGCUUCUCCCAUCACAGGGUUGUGGGCCAGGUCCCAGACUCACACCACAUUUGAACACAUUCAUUGCUUUACUGUGUUUAGAAAACAAAAUUUGCUCAGAUGCUGGUGGACUCCAAGAUGCAGUACUUCUUUAAUGCUCUUUAUGAUCUGCAGGGUAUAUCCUGUCUCUACCUUGUUUAUCUGUGAUGUAGGAUCCAUGUGUCCUCUCCUGUUGAACCCAGUUGCUAUGGCAAUGGAGAGGACACAAAGCGACAGCGUAAGUGGACGAUGGGGGUAUCGUGCUGUCCCUUCCCCCCUCGUGUGUGUGUGUGUGUGUGUGUGUGUGUGUGUGUGUGUGUGUGUGUGUGUGUGUGUGUGUGUGUGUGGGUAAGAGAGAGAGCAAUAACAUAGCUCAGGCUUUUUCAGGGGGUGGGGAAGAGGGUCGACUGUCUGCUCAGGACUGUCUAGCAGGCUGGACAGAAGCAUUGGCCAUUUUUACAGGGAGACUCGACUUCACUGCGAGGCAAAAGGUGCCACUUUGCCUUUCGAACGCUCAGGGGUUGAAUGACGGCUGUUGUGUGGCGUCCAAAGUGUCGCUAACUUGUCCGCUAAAGUGGUUUUGCAUCCCUUUGAUUUGGAUUAUUCUUUUAUAUCGGUAACUUCUCAAGUGUCCCACUUGUGCUAAAGGGGUACUGCAUCUCUGCCAUCGCUAUCGUUGUCUUCACAUCACCGCUUGGUUGUUUGAGUAAAAAGUUCAUGGUAUUGCUAGUAUUGUGGACAGUUUGAGAUGGAUGAAAUGGGUAUGUUAGUCCUUUCGGACUAAAGGAAAGGGGUGGAGGCUAUCACUGUGAAGAGCCUCGGGUUAGUAGCAAUAGUGGUGUGGUGGAGUCCAUGCUCUCCCACAUGUUCCCGUUUGGUACCACGGAGACAAGCUUUGGCGUUAAAACAAAUCCUGCAGGUGCUUCACGAACAAGGCCAUAGAAGACAAGCAUGGUUCUGUAAACUUUACAGACUUCCUCUCUCACUCAGUGUUAGGUAGCAGAGACCAACAACCCAACAAGACCCACAAGAGACAAGGGCUACAGACCUGUCCCAUGCCCCGCCUCCUCGCUCAAACCCAGUGCUGAUUGGCUGAUUCCAAUGAGCUCACCUGCAAUGGGCAGGAUCCGAGCGCUGACCUCUGAUAUAACAGUAGGUUCUGUUGGAGGUGAUAUACAGCCCUCUCUUUCUCCAUUUACUGUGUUUACAAGGUAUUGAAUUAUGUAUUUGUUUUGAACCAAUCACUGGAAAAUCAGCACAAGAUGUGUGAUUUAAAGGACAAUGUAUCAGGGGCAGAAAUGCUGUAACAUCCCGUAAAUUACAGUAUGAUUGAUUUAAUGUGUUUGUUUAAUUUAAACUUUAUUAUUUAAUUUUAUUUCUGUUUUGUAGCUGGUCUACACGAUUGUUGAAUUAAUUUAUGGUGUAAAAACCUCUCCUUGUUAUCAGUAGAUGAGAAUGUCCUGCUGAUGUCAGGCAGCUCUGACGCAGCCCUGCAUCCCAUCCAUGUUUGCGAAUGAAGAAAACAAUUCAGACUCUCAGUGGAUGAAAGAAUUUGUCUCAAGUAAGGCUGAAAGGAGCUGUUGGCAUGUGCUCUGUGACCCUGGGCUGCAUGAACGUCCAUCUCAGAAUCCCGUCUCAGAGUGACCCUUCCGUCAGACAUGGUCCUCGGCUGUUGCGAAUGGAUGGGCAGACACGAAUGGCACAGACCCCCCCCCAGUCCACUUAGAUGGCCUUCUGCUCCAGUAAUUUUGUUUUUAUUCACACAGCCUCGCUUGUCGGGUUGUACUGGCCUCUUAGCAGACGGCCGUUAUGGGUCUUGCAGGAGCGCAGCUGUGGUUUAGGCGUACACACCUGGUGCUCGUCUGUCCCUAAAACCCCUCGACUACUACUUGCUUUGUAUACAGAGACACUGAAAUGUUUUACCCUUAGCUAAGGUGCUUAAACUUGAAAUGCUUCAGGUACUGUAACACUGUAAAUAGACUGAUCGGUAUGACUCAGUUAAUGUUGAACUGCGUGACUUUGUGCAGAAGCCGUUAGCCCAGUACUUCAGCACCACGCUUGUGUCCUCCAUGUGGUGUGUGAAUCAGGACCAGGCUGAUGUGUUGAUGAGGAGGCAAAGGACAUGAAGCUGGCAUCCCGCCAGGCCUCCAGUUGUACUAGGAGGCUUCCCUUCUUUCAGCUCCCUCUCUGGGCCAGAACAAGGUUCCAAACAUGUUUUGGACACGCUUCGUCACAUGUGCCAACAGCUGCUUUCACCACCACUGAGGUUCCCAUGAAGAGAUUUGUCUUCAAUGGAACUGUCUCAGAGACGUAGAUGAUUCUUUCAGAAAGGUAGACCUGCCCACCCCCCCCACUCAGCGUAUUCCUCCUCUUCAUCCUGAACGCCUUCCUGACCUACCAUUCCCGACAAAGUCCUGUAGUGGCCAGUGUACAGUGUAGCAGGAAACCAGGAGGAAUAAAAUCAAAGCAAAC